GAAAAUAGCGAAAGCAGCAGUUCUUAGACUAGCGUAAAAUUUACAAGCAUUAACAACAAUAAGCAUCGAGUUAAACAACUUUAAAGACUGUAAAAUUAAAAACAAUUUUUCGGCGUAUAAUCGUAAUAAAUAAUAAUAAUUUAAUUUAGAGCAAUAUCAACGGGUAGAAAACUCAGGGAAAGAAUAAGAAGAGGGGAAAUGAGAUAAGAUAGAGUGAUCGAAGAGGGCGGAAGAAUAACAAUCAUCAACCAACAAUGGACUACUCUCACUUCAAAACUGAGGUUUCAAAGCGGAGGCGAUCGGCACCGACCCGAGAAUUGACCAAAAUCGCUUACUCGGCUCCGAUGGAGCUGAUUUCAUUGGCGGAGGGCAUGCCGAACGAAGAGACCUUCCCCUUCACCGAAAUAAGCCUAAAACUGAUAGACGGUUCAAGUUUUACCCUCGAAGGACAGGAACUCGGUGCAGCGUUGCAGUACAUUCCGAGUCAAGGAUAUCCCCCGCUGCUUCAGGCGCUCAGGGAACUGCAAAGAAAAACUCACGCACCUCCUUUGUGGGAAAGCCGGGAUAUCGUCGUGGUUUCCGGUGGCCAAGACGGACUCAGCAAAGCUCUCGAAGCGAUCGUCGGACCCGGAGAUCCCGUCCUGGUCCAGGACCCCUUUUACACCGGUGCAGAAGUCGUGCUAGCGCCACACAAGGCCGAGCUGAUACCCGUCGCCCAGGACGCGUUUGGCGUCGACACCGCGCUUCUGAGGGAAAUCCUGAAGGGCCGUAGAGCCGCGGGAAAAAAGAUGCCAAAGAUAAUGUACAUCAACCCGACCGGAGCAAACCCCACAGGAUCGGUCCUGCCCCUCGAGAGACGCAAGGAUAUCUACAGACUCGCUUGCGAAUACAAUUUCCUCAUCCUCGACGACGAUCCCUACCAUUACAUGUACUUCACAGAUGAAGCUCCAAAAUCCUUUUUGUCCCUGGAUACGGAGGGACGAGUCAUACGGUUGGAUUCAUUUUCCAAAAUUUUGAGCAGCGGACUUAGACUCGGCUUCAUCACUGCGGCAGCACCUCUCGUCGCCAGUAUAGAAGUUCACAUGCAAAGCAGCCACCUUCACGCCCCUACAAUAUCGCAGGUCAUAGUUUACAACCUGUUAAAAAUCUGGGGACACGACAGGCUUAUGGAACACUUUCGCAGGAUUAGAGUGUUCUACAAAAAACGGCGAGACGUUAUUUCAGCUUUGGCAAAAAAACAUCUCCACGGUUUGGCAGACUUCACGGUACCGAGCGCGGGUUUUUUCCUCUGGAUAAAAGUCCGAGGGGUAAAAGACACCUGGAGGAUGGUAAUGCAGCGCGGGGUUACCCACGGAGUAUUACUGGUGCCAGGUGCAGCGUUUAUGGCGGACCCAAGUCAGCCCUGCAACGCGAUAAGAGCUAGCUUCGCAAAAGCGUCAUACGAGGAUAUGAAUUUGGCACUGGAAAGAUUCGCCAAGAUGAUAAGAGCGGAAUUAUCAACGAUCAAUAACAACAACAUCGAGAAUGGCAAAGUGUAGACGAUCACUUCUACGCCUGAAAAUGUGAAUGUCAGCAAUUGAUAUUAAAAAGAUUGGUUCUCGCGUCGGUACAGUACCAAUAUACCAACCUUUGCAACCGUGGGUACGAUAUCCAUAAACGGUAAUUAAAAUGCGCGGUUGGAAAAAAAAACGGUUAUCAUCAAGUUAUGCCAUAAGGUUCAUAUUUAUCACCACCAUGAGCAAUCGUUUCGAGGAUUAAACAAUAUUUGAGUAUACUUUGUAGUACUUAAACAAGUUUUUGACAAAAAAAAAAAAAAAGAAAAGAAAAUGCUCAACCUAGAUUUGACACGUAAUAGAAUAGGUUGAAGGUUGCUGCUUUACCGACAGAAACAGAGCCAACUAACGUCGUUCCGCAUCGAGAGUCUCGGUGGAGUUUCGAGUUCUCGAAUGGUACCGACAAUCGAAAUUGUUGCGAGGGAUGGCAAAAGAUCACUUACCCUGUUCCAUAUAAUCUUAGUUCGAAACGGAAGAGAACUACUACAUCUACAAUUCGAGGGUGAAUACGACAGAUGGCAGCAAUCAGUAUGAACUAUACGUUCGGGGUGGCUUUGUACUUUGUGACAAGAACGCUAAUGGAAAGUACGAAAAGCUACCAUCAAUGAAAAUAAAAAAAAAAAAUAAAUAAAAAACCGAUGCCUGUGACACGCGUUACGGUCGACACGUAAGAUAAAAUAAAAUAAAAAAAUGAAUAAACAUAGACUUACGAUAUCGCAAUAUUGUAAUAUUGAACCCCGUAGAUUAGUUUUCCCCAAGAUGUUUUUUUACCCGUUUAGCUAUUACUUAAUUUAUUGUAUUAUAUUGUUACAUGAUCGAUGUUUCAUAUGUCGCUGUGUACAUACACACGGGCAUGUAAUGAAAAUAAAUUGACUACACAUCCUGA